ACUAAUCAUUAACUACUAAACUACUUGUAGAUUACCAGUCAGUUAGACUUAUUACUUCAACUGUCCAAAUAUAAUUUUUAUUUAUUUUCAUCUACCUUUGAACGGUAUAUAUUUUUUAAAGUUGAACAGUAAAACAUAUAGCUUUGUAUAAUAACUUCAUAAUAAAAAUGACGAAACCAAAAACUUUUCUUUCAUUACUCAUAUUGUCCACAAUAUUCAUACAAGCUCAAUCAUUUUUAUUAUGCUACCAAUGUGUUUCAACACAUCCAGGUUGUGGCAAACCAUUUAAGUGGUUGUGGCAUAAAACAAUUUUUUGUCCUGAAGAAGAUGAUAUAUGUGUAAAAGUCAUUGAGAAAGUCGGAGCUGAAGAACGUAUUACUCGUGAUUGUUUGAGUUCAUUAAAAGGUUUUCGAACAGAUAUUCCAGCCGACAAGUAUGAGGGUUGCAGAAGAAGUUCUAAGGAUGUUAAACUAGGCCAUUAUGUGAAUAAUUCAAUACCUGAAUUGGAUAUCAAACGAGACUAUUACGAUUCAACUACCUGGUGCUUUUGCUAUUUUGAUCAUUGGUGUAACUCAGCUAACAUGUCUACAUCUUCCAAUUUGCUUAUAGUGUUGAUAAGUAUAUUUUUUUUUGUUCGCAAUAUUGAUCAAUAAUUAUUUUUUUACGAACAUAAAUUUAAUAUAAAAGACUUAUGUUCAUUAUUUGUGCCUAAAAAUCAAACACUGAUUUAGAUUUUUGGUUUUAUUAUUUACAAAUAAUUUAAAAUAUUGUUGAUAAUGAUAUUUUUUUUGGAAAUAUUUUUGUAUUCAACCAUAUUGUAAAAUUAGUAUACAUUUACUAUAAUUUAUAUAAUGUAUAUUUAAUGAUGAUAACUAGAAGAACAAUAUUGUGAUCACAGAUUGUUGUUUAACAAUUUAUAAUUAUUAUAGCACUUUAACCAAAUAGUUUUAUAAUGAUAAAUCAUUCAUUAAAUUAUUCAUGUUUAAGGGUAUAAUUUAAAACACCAAACAUUUAAUUCUCAUAUCCGUCCAAAUGUGUUUGGUCUUUUGUUAUACAACUUUGUUUUAAUAGUUAAUUGAUACAUUAUAUUUUCUAAGUGCGACUGUCUUAAAUUAUAAUUUAGUUAAGGUUAUUCUUUAAAAUUACCGAAUCCGUCCAUUUUAUACUAUUUUUUUUAUUAAAACCAACAAUCAUUUAUACAUUUUUUGUUUAUUUUUUCUGAAAUAAAGCGUUUUAUAUUGUUAAAAAGUA